AUGGCGGGACUUGAGGUCGUCGCUUUGCAAUGGCUGCGGUCGGUUUCGUCGCUCUGUUCUUGGGAUCGAAUUGAGCAACGCCGAGAGGACCACAAGAAGACCGAAGCACUCGCACAGAGCCUGAAGCUUUUCAGCCUUAGUGAUCGAAGGCAAGAUCUCAAAGAAGAUUUGGAGAUGGCGCAGACGACGAUGCGAGGACCGAUGCGGGCGGAAAAGGAGCUGAGGUCUAAAGUGGCCGUCUUCGACGAGGCUGCUUCGAAGUUCCAUCAAGGCGUAGGGAGAAUGCGAGCAGUUAGCUCGAGCGAUUCCGCGCUCCUCACGGCUCAAGAUUUGCGACUCAUUGGCUCCUCUGGACUUAAACAAGUCAGUGAAGCUAUUUCGACCGCGAAGGCAUCACAUGUCGCACCGGGCCAAACGCAGGCGACCGACAGGGAAGUCUUGAUAGAGUCGAAACCGUACACGGACAGCACCAAAAAAGAAGCGGAGCGAGAUAUCCGCGAUAUAGCAACUAAACUAAGCCGCGCACUUGCCCACUGGAACGUACCUCAUCUAAUCGGCUACCGACUGGAUGCCGCUGGAGAAGCAGUAGACCUCGUCUACGAUCGGCCUCAGCCAGGCUGCGAGCUCAUUAUUCUCGCGAAAAUCUAUGCUGCAGACACACCAACCCCAUCGCUCAACGUGCGCAUCCGUCUUUGCAGCCAACUUGCCAUCGCAGUCCUCCAAGCCCAUCGACUGGAUCUGGUGCAUAAGCACAUCCGACCAGACAACCCCCUCAUCGCACCCAAAAGGGAAGGUCAGGACGCCAUCACAGACGCCUCGCUUUAUCUCGCAGGCUGGCAAAACGCGCGCAUCAUCCACGGGACGGCCACAGCAAGACUCGGAGACUCCAGCGUCCAUAAAAGCCUCUACCAGCACCCGGAUCGGCAGCUGAAAGAAGGACAAGCCAAGGAAAACUACAACAUCGGCCACGAUAUCUACAGCCUUGGUGUCUGCAUGCUGGAGUUGCUGACCUGGGAAGUCCUCUUCCGCCCAGGAAAGACUCUCCACGAUCCUCCAACGCUGUCGCACGCCUAUGUGCACGCGCUCGAGAAUCUGGACUUCCACGCGGGCAUCGAGAUGUCAGAGGAAGAUGACGUUUCCAAGGCAGAGCUCUACACGAAAGACGCUUUGAACGUCCAAGAGACUCUGGUGUCGGUGGCGAAAGAGAGAGUCCCUCAAUCUGCAGGAGACACGAUGGCGAAUCUGGUCCGCAAGUGCCUCCUCAACACGCUCACUUCUGCAGAGGUGGGCAACGAUCUCAUCGAGGAGUUCGACAGUGAGAUAUUUGACGAGUUUAACAAACUUCUGGCAGUCCUGUAGAUGAGUGCGGGUUGAAUGGAGACGGGUUUUGAAUUACUCUGCCGACAGGAUCACAGGGAGGUAGGCUGCAGAGCAAUUCCUCGCGCUGCGUCCGGCUUAGCGCUGCCUGCGCCACAGGAGGCUGUGCUGCCAUUACAAGGAGG